AUGGAAAAUAUCGGAAUAACCAGCGAAACAGAUAAUGCACUCAUAAAAAAUGAAGUGUAUGAUGAAGAAUCCAUCGAUGAAGAUGAAGAGGAAGAGGAGGAUGAAGAAAGUGAUGAAGAAGAGGAAGUGGAUGAAGAGGAGGAGGAGGAGGAAGAAGAGGAAGAAGAAGGAGGAAAAAAACAAAAUCCGAUUGAUCAUAAGCUACCAUUAUUGCUUGUUACACAGCCGACACAAGAUGAUUCACCAAAUAACCUUACCACCGAAUUUACCUUUAAUGAUAACAGUACUGUUAAUAUAGCAGAAAUCAUUGAUAAGGAUAAUGAUCACGAAGGAAAUCAAAUAUUAUCAAAUAUGGAAGGGAAUGAUUUUGAAAGUGAUAUAAUCAUUUCGGAAACAAUUGAAUUACAAACGGAUGAUAACAAAAUGGAAAAGAAGCUAAGAGGUGAUGUUUAUCCGGUUCAAAUAUCAGAGUGCCGGAAAUGUUCUUCUCCACCCAUUUCUUACUACGAAAAUGAUUUUAACGAUGAAUUUAUUGUUGAACCACGAACAAGAAAUGACGACAAUCGAGGACGUGCUUCCAAAAUUAUGGAAGCACCAGCACCGAUAUUUACAACAUCAGUUAGCUACGAUGGUAUGGAUGAUUGGGAUUCAGCGCAAGAAGAAUCAAUAGAAUCAUUGUCAGAUUAUGAAGAUAUCGAUGAUUUUAAUUCUGAAGGAGGUUGUUCAAGAAAUAGAAGUUGUAUGGAAACUGAUGACUAUCGUCCAUCAUCUUCAACUUUUGGAAUUUAUUUUAGUCCUAAUUCUUCCUCUAUCGAUGAUCAUGAUAGCAUGCAAUAUCGGCAUAAUGUUGAUGUUGGUUUUACGCUUAAACUUGUCCAGAAAGCAGCAUUAAAGGAAGCUGAUGAAGAGGAAUCAUCCAUCGAAUAUUAUGAUAAUUCAGAGUAUGACGAAGAGGAAUCAUGCACCAAUGAUGAAUAUGACGAUGAAUAUACGGAGGAUGAUGAAGAGGAAUCAGAUGAAACAUCAGAAGAUUUAUGUUUAAUGGAAACCGAACCACUAGAAUCUGCAAUUGAUAGCAUUUCAUCAAUUUCAAUUCCACCAGUAAUGAUUGCAUCGAUGCAAGAAGAAGAAGAUAUUGAAAUUGAUGAAAUAUGUGACGAAAUAUUCGAUGAUACGCUAUUGGCACCCGUGGAAAAUUUAACAAAUGUAGAAGAAAUUGAAACGGAAGAAAAUGAUGUGCCGGAAAAAUUUCGUGAAAUAACUUAUACGGAAGAAAUUGAUUUACAACAGAAUGCUGAAGAAGCAUUAAAACUCAUUAUCAAAAAAACUGAUGAAGGCGCAGCAAUGGAGAAUAUCGCUGAAGGAGCAACUAAAAGAGCUAUUCGAAAAAUGGUACCACAACAUGUGGUACCAGCAGUGGAAAAUGUUGAAGCAAUUGAAAUCAAUGAAUUAAUAGUUCAAAAACCGGAACAAACGGAAACAAUUGUAAAGGAACAUGAUGAUGAAAAAGAAACGAAACAAAUUGAAAUAAUACCAACUCAUGUUUCGCCGAUCACCGAAAAUCAUCCCGUAGAUAGUGCACGAUCUUUUAUUGAACGAAAGCCAAGUACUAGUUGGGCCAAGAAAGCGAUCGUUUUACCAUCAAAAUUUGAUACUGUUAAAAUACAAAAGACUGAAGUUUGUUUUAAUGAAAAAGAGUUGCCAUUAAAUGAGAUAGCAUCAUCCUCAAAUUCAACAAGUGCUACCAAUAAAUCAGACAAUACUGAAUCUUCCAAGCCAACAUCUGCACCCUCAACUAUUUCAUCAAAUUCAGGUCAAAAAGAAGAUAAAUCAGCACUACGAAAAUCAGUUAUAAAUAUGACUAAAGAUGAAGCAAUAAAAGCUUGUGCUUUGGAAAAGGAGAAAUCGAGACAAAAUGCUCGAAAAUUUGGAAUUGUUAAUAUAUUAAGUGCAAAAUUUAAUUCACAAGAGGAUCAAUCAAAUGCAUACACAUAUAAACGUUCACGAAUGUUAACAUCGAAAAAUGAUGAAAGAACAAAACGUACUUAUGCACCAAUUAUUAAACCAAAUAUAAAUGAUAAUUUUGAUAAACAAAUUGAAGAAAUUCGUAUGAAAAUGAAAACAGGUAAUAAAAUGUUAAGUUCGCAGUUUACUGAAUUAAAACAAGGUAUUGCAACGAUUGCUGAUGAUGCAAGACGAGCAAUCCUUGAACAAAAACAUCAACAGCUAUUGAUUGAAGCAGAUGAAACAAUUGGAAAAAUAAGUGACAAUUUUAAAAAGUGGAAAGAGAAUCGUACAGCUGAAUAUCAAAAAGAGCUCAAAAAACAUGAACAAAAAAUGCAUCAAUCAAAAGUAUCAAAAGUAGAAAUCGUGAAAAAUCCAACAGUGGCACAAUCAUUAACUGAACCAAAAAAGACAGUAAGACAAUUGAAAGUAACACAACAAGCAGGAGCAAUAAAUGUUAUUCCAAGUUUUGUUACAGAAUGUCAAGCGAUAAUUUCAGAAAAAAAUCCCUCAUCCGGAACAAAAAUGAAAGUAGAAGUAAAGAAGAAUGCCGGAACUGUAAAAGGAAAUGUUCCCAAAAAUGCUCCAAGUAAUUGCGCAUCAAAAAUUGCGGAAACAACAGCUAUAGAGGUGUCAACAAAACUUCAACGAUCAAUAAUGGACCAUCAUUUGACUUCAUCAUCUAAUGUUGAAAAUAAUUCGGCAUUAAACGUUGAAAUUUUCAAGAAACAACAAAUGAAAACGGAUCCGAUUGUUGCAAAAACCAGAAAAGUAUUAGAAAGUACUGAAAAUAGAGAAGUACGAAAGUACGGUACCAGAAAUAAAACACAGGAAUUGAUGAAUUUUGCUAAACAUAAAAAACUGAAUGAUGAAGAAGAGCCUAAAAUAUAUCGGCAGAAUUGCAUUCAUCGACGUAAUCGCUACAUUCGAAAACCAUUCGAUAUUGAUGUUUUGCUUGGCUAUGAUAAGGAAAAUAGUUUUGAAGAAUUUGAGGCUCGUUUUGCUGCAUCAGGACGUGAUAAAAGAUCAAUGAUUGAUAAGAGUGAUACAAAAAUUAAAAAACGACGAAAAGAAAACAAGAAAAUAUGGAUUAGCGAAUUACGAGAUAUUGAUAAGAUUUAUAGAACAUCUGAACUACGCGAUAUGAUCAAUUCAGUGUGA